ACAUAUUUUCAUUAUUGGACCGAAUUUACUCCCCCAUUCCUUGCUGCUGCGCGCCCCCCCAGCUCGCUAAAGAAGCCGAAACGACACCACAUCCUCUUUAAAAUGCCUAACACGGCGUCGUCUUCACAAGCCUCUGCCCUCCGCGCUCUUCCCCGACAAAUAUCUAGCCCUUAAAAAAGGAAAUGCCUUCUUUAUAGAGAUCCACAAAACCGCCACUCCCUCUGUAACAACGAACCGAUCUCUCCUCUCUCGUCUUUCUCAAUGACUUCUCCAUCUCCAGCUUCGUACGGUUCCUUCCCACCCACCGCACCCUCGUCCGCCUUCCUCACACGCGCCACCAAUAAGACAUCCACCAUCUUCGCCACCCGCCGCCCAUGGCGCGAAUUAAUUGAAUUCUCCUCCUUCGCGCGCCCAUGCUCCCUCGGCGAUACCACAAUCCGCAUAAAACGGAACCUCUCCUACUUUCGCGUUAAUUACACAAUGAUAAUCCUCUCUAUCCUCUUCUUAAGCCUCUUAUGGCACCCUCUCUCAAUGAUUGUCUUCUUAAUCGUCUUCGUCGCCUGGUUUUUCCUUUACUUCUUUCGUGACCAGCCAUUGGUGAUUUUCCACCGCACGAUUGAUGAUCGUUUGGUGCUUGGUUUGCUCGGUGUCGCUACUAUUGUUGCUUUGAUUUUCACACACGUGUGGUUAAAUGUCUUGGUUUCGCUUUUGAUUGGAGCUGCUAUUGUUGUCUUGCACGCUGCGUUUAGAAGAACUGAUGAUUUGUAUUCGGAUGAGCAAGAUGUUGCUGAUGGAAGUUUGCUUUCUUUUGUGGGGAGUCCUACGAGAGCUGGCCACACUCGCUUUUAAAAUGGCAUAAGUGCGUGAUGGUCUCCUUUUGGCUUCCUUUUUUCACGAACAGAGAUGGUCCAGAUGGUUGCCAAUAAGUUUCGAAGUACGGGUCUUUCUUUAUACGCAAUAACGUUGAGUCUCUCGAAUUGCAACGAAAAUAUUGCGGAAGAAUUUUCAUUUAAAGGUGGAUUGGCUCCAUUUGAGGAACUUGCAAGUGAAGAAUUGACAAAGGAAAGUUAGCAAUAUUGCCGUCACUGGCCAUGCAAAGUUAGUGGCUUUCCCGUUGUCACAAUCCAUGUUUUGGUGACUUUAAAAGCUUCUUUCACCAUGGGUCUCCCUUUCCCCGCUAGUUUUUUGGAAGAGUUCUUGGUUCCUAGCUUGUUUUGUGCCUGAUUGGAGGAGUGGUUCCGGAAGUGAUAUCUUUUUUUUUACUGGGUCUAUGGAAUGUGUGAGAUUAUUUUCUUUGGCAAAUAAUGAUGAUUCAGUGCGAUCUCUUUAAGUAAUAUGACCAUAAUAUCUGCUUAUGCUUAUGGUCUUUUCACGAA